AUGGCUCCUCCAGCCAAGCCCGCCGACGCGCGACGCAAGUCGAGCACCAAAGCCAGUUCAAUCGUCAUUCUUAAGGUGUCGCCCGACAAGCUGCGUGCCCUGAUUGCGCCCGCUGUCAAGGAGGAAUCUCCAGCCAAAGACAUCGAAGCCAAGGCCGAAUCGCCUGCCGAUGCCGCGUCUGCCUCCGGUUCGCAACCACCAGCCAGCAACACCAACGGCGACAAUGCUUCAGAUUCCAACGCUGCUACUCCUGUCGCCGACGCAACCCCUGCCGAAGGAACACCGGCCCCUUCGGCCAUGGGACCGCCCACCGAGGGACCAAAGAAGAAGGGUAUCAAGCGAUCUGCUGCCGUUGCCAACGGAUCGAUAGAUGGUAUCCCCAAACCUCGAGGAAAGCCCGGCCCCAAGAAGAAGCCUCGUUUGGAGGACGGCACGAUCGAUCACUCUGGCUCCAAACCUGCCGCAGGUCACAAACUUGGACCCAAGGCAAACCAAGGAGCUAUCAACGCCGGCCUGCGCGCCCUCGAUCGCUCGGGCAAACCUUGUCGCAGAUGGGCAAAGGGAGGAUUCCAGCUCAAAAGCUUCACUGGUGUCACCUGGGAGAUUCCUCGAUGGGUCGCACCUCAAAAGAAGGCCCCCGAAUCCGGCACCGAAGACUCUGCUGCUGCAUCUGCCGAGGGUAGCAGCAAGGAGAACAAGGAGAAUGGACAAGAGGGCAACAGUGUCAGCAACAGCAACAGCGGUAACGACGUCGAGAUGCAAAGUGCUCCCAGCCAUCAUGCCUCAUCACCGGCACCGGCACCAGCCCCUUUGGCUAUUGCAGCUGCAUCCUAA